AUGAUGCUGAUUACGACUGUGAACUUUUUUUCUGCUUUAGGAGAAUUCUCAACAAGUACCUUUCAAUCUACCACACCUGUAGUCGAAAUAUCAAUCAACUCAUUAAACCAACAGCAAGCCACAUUUAUUUGGUUUCAACUUCUGACAGAUGUGUUACUGUAUCAACCUAAAAUUACGAAUAAAGUUUAUUCGAAAAUGCUAGAAGAAUGUCGACAUUUUUAUAAGGACAAUUCUACAGCGCAGAAAUCUAUUGAUGAGUUUGAAAUUGAGUAUACAUCCGAUAAAGCGAUCUUGUGGUAUACGCGUCCUAGCUUCUUGGCAAACCUGUUGAAUACAGCGUUACGGACGGAAAAUAUGAGAACUACGCUGCAGUUUCGUGAUUUUAUUGUCGACAUUUAUCAACAACUACUCAAAUCAUGUUCGUCUACAAACUACAAAUAUCCAUUUACGGUCUAUCGUGGACAAUCAAUGAAUCCCAUGGAACUUAAGAAAUUGAAAUCUAACGUAGGUGGAUUUAUAUCAUUCAAUACAUUUUUCUCAACAUCACUUUCCAGUCAAUUAGCUCUCUCGCACGCUGGCGAUAAAUAUUGCAGUGCGUUCUAUGAGUCAGUUCUAUUUGAAAUUGAAAUUAAAACUAUGAAUGCCAACAAACCAUUCGCUAAUAUUCGUUACUUAAGUUAUCGUCGAGAAGAAGAUGAAAUAUUAUUUUGUAUGGGUACAGUAUUUCGAAUCGAUUACGUCGUUCAAUUACUUAGUAAAAUUUGGCAUAUAAAAUUAAUACUCAGUAAUAAAGAAGUGCAUGAAAUAGAUGCGUUGAUGAGUGGUGUGAAAAGUGAAUUCGAUAAAUCGCUAACAAUUUACAAUCUAGGAAAUUUUUGGCACGAACGAGGCGAGUUUGCUAAAGCCAUUGAUUAUUGUAAAUUAUUGCUUGAAGAAUUUGAUGCGGAUCAGACGGCAAUGUCAAUCAUUAAUAAUAACAUUGGGCUCAUCUAUGAAUCCAGGAAUGACUAUGAUAUAGCAAUUAAAUAUUUUGACAAAGCAAUAGAAUUGCAUGGAGCUCCUAGUGACAGUUGUUCUAGCGCCUUUCAGCCGCUUGAAGAAGCUGUUGACAUCAUAUGUAAUUCGUUUCUUGUGGUUAUUUGCUUAAAACUGGUUAUUUAUGAACGAAUGGCUAAACUACUGCGAAUACCCACAGGAAGAACGACCUUAUCGAAAAAUGAUACCGUGACACAGGAAUUUAUUGGUAUAUGGCUUCAUUCAAUAUCUGAAGACAAUAGUACGACACAUAGUCGAUUAAAAUCUUUUUUUGAUUACUUAGUACCACUUCAAGAUAUUUGUGAAUGCAUUGCUUACGUAGUAAAAAUUGAAAUCAAACAAAUCUUUUUGAUUGUAUCUGCACGAUUAUUUAAAAUCAAUUUUAUUAAAUCGAUGAUUUCUCUUAUUCACAAUCGAACAGAAAUACAAUUCAUUUAUAUUUCUUGUGAAGAUACAACUGAAUUAGACGAAUGGGUAAAACAAGAGUUUUAUACGAAAGUUCAAGAUCGAGUCUAUAUUGAUGAAAACCUUCUUUUCGAACAACUAGAAAAGGACCUUCCUGUGCCAAAACAGCUACCUUCAACCAAAGAAGAGAGGAGGCCGCUAAGCUUGUUUAAGAAUAAGGAUAAAGAUACUUUAAUAAGAAAUCUUAGUGAAGAAUCUGUUGCAUUCAUUCGGUAUCAGCUACUCAUUGAAAUAUUACUUCGUAUGCCAUUAUCGGAUAAGGCUAAACGCAUUAUGUUAGAACAUUGUCGAAAGUGUUACGACGAGAAUGAUCCAGAACAAACGCAUAUUACUGAAUUUGAAAAGACAUAUCGAAUUGGCGUAUUAGGUACAGCAAUUCAUUGGUAUAGUCGUCAGUGUUUUCUAAACCGUUUAUUAGCAAAGGCUUUAAGCACACAAGAUGCGAAUUAUCUGUACACGUUUCGGUUUAUUAUUUCGGAAUUGCAUAAUGAGUUACGUUCAUUAAACUCGGUUAGAACUCAGUCAUUGCCAUCAAAACUCUUUAGAGGUAAAGUUCUGUCAACAGACACCCUAGAAGAUCUAAAGAAAAACGUUGAGGGACUUGUAUCGAUGAUUGGAUUUUUUUCUGCAACUACCAACCCAGCAAUAAGCGACAUAUAUGCAGGAACUGACUGUUCGCUUCGGACAGAUCAGAAACACGUUGUAUUCAAUUUAUACGUUAAAAAUGGUGUCACAACAAAGCCAUUCGCCAGUAUUCGACAAUAUAGUGCAAUGCCACAUGAAGAUGAAAUCCUGUUUUCUGUCGGCACCGUAUGGCGUAUUCUAAAUGUCAAGCUGAAUGAAAACGGAGUAUGGAAUAUAGAAUUAGAAUUAAGUAAAGAAGAUGACGAACGAUGCAUUGAACUGUCAGAAUAUUUGAAAAAACAAAUCGGUGAAAUACCAACCCUAUUAACUCUAGGAAACUUUUUAUCUGCAAUCGGCCAGCAUGAAAAAGCUGAGAAACACUAUAGAUUGUUAUUGGACGAACUACCCAAAGAUCAUAAAGAUAUCGGAGUGAUUUAUAAUAAUAUUGGCUUUAUACGCUAUGAAAACAAAGAUUUUUGUGGAGCAGAAGAUUGGUUUCGGAAAGCACAAAACUUUUUCGAAAAUAUGAAUAAAACAGAUAAUAAGACAAACACCACCUUACCUCACCUCUUAUUAUCUAUUCUUAAAUUCUUCACCUUAAAAAAUGAUUCAAUGAAUAAAACAAAUGCUAACACUGAUAAUAAAUUACAUGUCGAUAUAGCUAAUUAUAACCAUGAUCUAGCACGUUCGACCACUAAUAGUGACCUUUUUUCAGCUACAUCGUUGAAACGUCACAAUGAAACACUUGAAUGUAUAACCAAAUCUUUACAAGCAGAUCAUUCAUCGUCAGUUGCAAUCUUGGUUAACAAUAAAGGUUUGAUUCAUUAUAAACGAGGUGACUAUACAACGGCAUUAACCUGCUACAUUGAAGCACUUAAAAUUUUAAAUGAAAAUAAUGGACGUUAUCCUCCAGACAUAUCAGCGGUACAUAAUAAUAUUGGUGCGAUGUAUUUCAAAACGGAUGAACACGCUAAAGCUUUAGAAAAUUUUGAUUUAGCUGUUAAGGUUGGCCUAGAAUUGUUGCCACCGACACACAAGUGGAUUAUUGAAUACACGAACAAUAAAGCAGCAGUGUUGAAACAUAUUAACUCUAUGUCUAAGCAUCCGAAAUUGAAUUCGAAUAAUCGAACAACUACAGGCUAA